AUGGCCAUCAAAUUGUACGGAGCUGUGGGUUCAAGCCCAACGUUUCGUGCUCUCGCUGCUCUCAUCGAGAAAGAUCUCGAUUUCGAGUUCAUUCCGGUCGACUAUGCCGGCCGUGAACACAAGUCUCCUGAGUUCCUUCAACGCAACCCAUUCGGUCAAAUUCCCGUGUUUGAGGAUGGCGAUCUCAAAGUAUUCGAAUCAAGGGCGAUUACCAAGUACGUAGCAGAGGCGUACGCCGAUAAGGGGACUGAUAUGACAAAUAACGAACCGAAGAAAUUGGCGAUACAAAUGGUGUGGAUGGAAGUCGAAAGUCAGAAAUUCGAGCCGGCAUCCGCGAGGCUCGUUUGGGAGCUAGCAUUGAAACCGAUUCUCGGGCUGGAAACCGAUGACGGCGUGGUGCCGGAGUUCGAAGAGAAGCUGACACAAGUGCUCGACGUUUACGAACAACGGCUGACGGAAAGCAAGUAUUUGGGCGGAGAUAUCUUCACGUUGGCCGAUCUCCACCACCUUCCAAACGUUCAUUAUUUGAUGGGAACGAAGGCGAAGAGCUUGUUUCACGCGCGGCCACAUGUCAGCGCGUGGGCAUCUGAUAUCCUUUCUAGGCCUGCUUGGGUCAAAGUCGCUUCCAUGCUAGCUCAACUAGCAAAUAAACACAUAUUUUGA